AUGCAUUGUUUUCAUUUUUCACAAUCACCUUCCGAUUGGUACGUAAAAAUUAUCGAAACUUAUGCUAGCAAUCGAGCACUACAAUUAGGAAAACGGCUACAUGCUCACCUAAUCAUCAAUGGCUUAGCUCGUUCCACACACGUCGCCUCAAAGCUCAUAUCUUUCUACACCGAAUGCCGUCAAAUAUGUGAUGCCCGCAAACUGUUUGACGAAAUUCCCAAAAGAAACACUCGACGUUGGAUUGUUCUGGUAGGCACAUAUGCACGCCACAGCUUCCACCAGGAGGCCAUGGGCGUGUUCUGCGAGAUGCAAAGAGAAGGGCUGGAACCCAACAAGUUUGUAAUACCCAGUGUUCUAAAAGCAUGUGGGCACCUUUUGGAUCGACAAACAGGGGAGAAAUUACACGCUGUUGUUGUAAAACAAGAAUUCGAAUCUGAUCCAUUUGUUAUUAGCGCAUUGAUUGACAUGUACUCAAAAUGUGGGAAAAUCAAUAAAGCAAGAAAGGUGUUUGAUGUGAUGGUAGAAAUCGAUUUGGUGGCUAUGAACACCAUGGUUGCAGGCUAUGUUCAACACAGACUAGUCAAUGAAGCCUUAAUCUUGGUUGAGAAGACACAAUCAAUAGGAGUAAUACCAAAUUUGGUGACAUGGAAUACACUAAUUGCAGGAUUUUCACAAGCCAAUGAUGAUUCAAAUGUCGCUAAACUAUUCCAAUCGAUGAAGGAAUCCGGGAUUCCACCCGAUGUAGUUUCUUGGACUUCAGUCCUCUCUGGAUUCGUUCAGAAUCUUCGAAAUCAAGAAGCUUUUGAUUUGUUCAAGAAAAUGUUGGCAACUGGAAUGCAUCCAACUUCAGCUACAAUCAGUUCUCUUCUUCCUGCUUGUGCAAAUCUUACAGAUUCAGCUCAUGGGAAAGAGAUUCAUGCAUAUUCCAUAGUUAUGGGAAUUGAAAAAGACAUCUUUGUUUCUAGUGCUCUUAUAGACAUGUACUCCAAAUGUGGCUUCAUAUACGAAUCCAAAACACUCUUUCACAACAUGCCUGAAAGAAACACAAUCACAUGGAACUCAAUGAUAUUUGGAUUUGCAAAUCACGGAGAUUGUGAUGAAGCAAUUAGGUUAUUCAAUCAAAUGGUUGACCAAAAAGUCAAACUUGAUCAUCUAACUUUCACAGGUGUUUUAACUGCUUGUAGCCAGUGUGGGAUGAUUGAGCUUGGUAAAAAGCUGUUCUUGAUUAUGCAAGAGAAAUUCAAGAUUGAGCCAAGAUUAGAGCAUUAUGCUUGUAUGGUGCAUUUGUUUGGACAAGAAGGGAAAUUAAAAGAGGCUUAUGAGUUGAUUCAUGAAAUGGGGAUUGAGGCUGAUGUGUAUGUAUGGGGUGCGUUGUUGGGUGCUUGUAAGCUUCAUGGAGAUGUUGGUCUUGCUGAGGUGGCAGCUAAGCGUGUUGCUGAGCUGGAGCCUGAAAGUGCUGGAAGUAGUUUAGUGUUGUCGAAUAUGUAUGCUGAUGCUGGAAGUUGGGGAUAUGCUGCUAGGGUUAAACGAAUGAUGAAGAAGAUGAAGAUGAAAAAGGUUCCAGGGAGUAGCUGGAUUGGAGGUGUGUGA